AUGAGGGGCUCCAAAGUGCAGGAGUGGACUCCUACCAGCAAUAUUCGUCUGGUGGAAUGGAAGAAAACAUAUCGCACCAGGAAAGCAACUGGGAAAUGGGUAGAGAGACCCAAGACCCGAAAAAUUCAAUCAGUUCCGGCCACCCCUACCAAGUCAUCAUUGAACCAGUGGCCAUCCGAGGAUAUGCUAUUUCUAGGUGGAGAUGAUUGUGUCGGCGACCUCAACCAGCAGGAUUUCAUACCCCUGAAGCUACCAAAGUCUCUGAGUCAGAAUGACUAUCUUCAGCAAUGGGUCCCAAGGACCAAUAGAUAUCUCAGCAUACUCCUUGAACGAGAAGCUCCUGCCGACUGGUCUUGCAUCAUUUGCGGGACCAAUGGUGUCUACAAAUGUCACAACUGCUUCGGUGAGCCUCUAUUUUGCACAAAUUGUUGCAGGACGGAGCACCAGAGGCUGCCCUUCCAUAGGAUAAGUCAAUGGACAGGUGGUUUCUUCGAGGACUGUUGCCUGGUAAAGACUGGGCUAGUGAUUUCACUGGGGCACGGCGGAAAUGUGUGCCCACGCCAAAACUAUGGGGUCGAUGAUGCUGGUGAUGAAGGAUUUUUUGCUGCCGCCGACACCGACACCGAUGCCGAUGCUGAUGCCGAGCAUGCGACAACGCCAACAGCCAAUAUUAAUACAUCAAAGAACCAUCACGAUCUGCCUACUGGAGUGCCAUUCAUAAAGAAUGACAAGACCAUGACAACAAUAGUGGACAAGUCUGGAGUACACACACACAUCAUCAAGUAUUGCAUAUGCGCCGAUGCCCCAAGCGCCGACCUACAGCUGUUUCGAUUGGGCUUGUUUCCUGCAUCCUUUACCCAACCAAAGACCGCAUUCACUUUCGAUGUAUUGGACGACUUCUUACUGGAUAAUUUGGAGUGCGGGACCUCGGCGAUGAAUUAUUACAGCAAGUUGAGGAGGAUGACAACCAAUGUCUUUCCGCAUUUGGUGCCGGACCGCUACCGGGAGCUCAUGCGAGUGGCAAGGCAGUGGCGGCAGCUGAAGCUAUUGAAAUGGAACGGCUUCGGCCACGAGGAAAAAGAUGUAAAACCCGGCGAUCUCGCUCUCUUCUGCCCGGCAUGUCCCCAGCCGGGAAUUAAUGUGACAUUGCCAACUGCAGAAGGCCCUGUGGAGAUCGAUAGCGCAUCAGAUCUGGAGACGCCGAGUUGGUUGUAUUCAAGAUCGCUGGUCAUGGAUGGCAACUUCAAAGCGGAGCAUAUGCAUGCGGCGAAUCCGAUUGAUGAAGUCCCCCUGAUGGAUGGACGCGGCUUCAUGGUCAGUGACAGCAAAUACAAGGCGCAUCUGUCUCUGGCAAAGGACGCCGCUCAACGGUCCGAGUGCAACAACCACCGCGCGGUGAAUCAAGCCAAUGCAUCCCGCCACAGACUGGAGGCAACCGGCAUCGGCGGUUGUGCCUGCGCCAGGCAUGGCUGCUUCGUCCCGCAUGCAAUGGUGGAUUUUCAGAAGGGAGAAAGGCAGAUGAACAUGGACUAUGCUUUGUGUGAGGCAUUGAAGCACAACGCCGGUGGCAUCCGGCGCGCACUGACCUUUUAUGAUGUUAAUUGCCAGUACCAUAAGUAUCUAAAGGAUCGGGUAGCUGACAGCCCUUAUUUGCAAAUUCAAGAGGAGUUGGAGAUAAUACCGGGGAUAGGUCUAUGGCAUGUUCAUGGCCACCAAGACAGCUGCUAUGUUCGCUAUGCUUCUAACUUCAUCGCCGGCGCUGCCAGAAUUGACGGCGAGAUCAUGGAGACCCUUUGGGCGCCGUUGAACAUAAUCUCUCCUUCGGCGCGGGGGAUGGGGACCCCUCACCGCAAGGAGUGCCUGGAUUACCAAAUGAAUGAUUGCAAUUUCAUGAAAAUGAUCAGGAUGGGCAAGGCCCUUUGCCGGAAAUUCAGGCAAGCUGUUAAAGGGCUCGCCGACAGCAGGGAAGCCUUUGAGAAGCUGGAUCUGAGUGCCGACGAGAAAAAUGUCAGGGACUGGGGAGAGCAGGAGAGGAUGGCACAGGAACGGCAUAGCACCGAUCCAACGGCAAUGGACAUUUACGAGGUUCAACUUCAAAAAGCGCCGACCAGGAAAGAACAGGAAUUAAGGUUGCUGGAUGAAAAUGGCCAGCAACCUGCUCCUGCUCGGCGAAGGGGAGCGGCGACAUGGCUGGCAGAAGGGCUUUCAAUCGAGGAGGCACAGGUGACUCUCCACAUGGAUGUUCGAAAGCUAGGGCGGCGGCCGACGGAGAACCAACGAUUGGAGAUUGGGCGGCGUCGUGAGAGACUGCAAGGAGACAUUGACCACUCAGAUGAUGAAACGGCUGAUGAAUUCAGACUGUUUGAGCCCGAAAAGGUUGUAAUACCAUUGCCAUCCAAUCUGGGCCAGGGGAGAUGCGCCGAGCUCGGCGCCGCAGAUGUCAUCCAUCAAGAACGUGUUCUCCGGGAAGGACAAGCCAAUGACGCCUUGCACAACAUCAGAGUGCACCUGGCAGACAAGGCGGUCAUCUUCCGAAAGACUGUCAGAACGGCGAAGUCGCAAGCAAAGUCCACCAGAGCUUGGGCCCAGAUCCAUUCAGUGGACCGGGCGGUAAGCAUCAAUGCAAGCAUAUAUUCCAAGUGCCGGUCUCAACUCGGCAAGCUCGGCGCCGCCGACAUUUUACUGAACAGAUACCGGCCAUUGCUUAAAGAACAUCUCAAGAUCAGCACCGCCGUCGCCGAUCCCAAUGCCAGAGGCCAGAGAAACUCCAUGUUGGCUUGGUUCUGGUCUAUGGAUGUGGAGGGAGACUCUGAUAGCAGUGAUUGGUUGAAUGAAUUUUACCGGGUGCAUUGGCUCCGAGCCAAGGCUCUAAGAGACCGUUGGGAGGAGGAAAUGCUGCUUGUCCGGCAUGAAAUGAACUGGACAUGCAACUUCUUCUUGCACAAAGCCGAGCAAUGGAUCCAUCUGGCCAGCAUCGCCAAAGCCGCCGACAAGGUGGGACACCUUGCCUAUGCGGCGCGGCAGUGCAAAAUGUAUCAGCGGCUGUAUGUGGAUUCCCGGGAUGCAUUUGAAGUCUCAAAGGCGGCCCGGACCCAAUGA